UCAAUCACACACACACACACACACUGUCCAAAAUGAAUUUCCCCAAAGCCAUCACUCUGUUUCUCCUCCCCGUCUUCUUCCUCCAGACCCAUGCUAUCAUCUUCAACAUCCAGAACAACUGCCCCUACACCCUCUGGCCCGCCGCCGUCCCCGGAGGAGGCCGCCGCCUCGACCCCGGCCAAACCUGGACCAUCGGCUUUCCCAACGGCCCAAAACUAGCCAAAAUCUGGGCCCGAACCAACUGCACAUUCGACGCAUCCGGCCGGGGCAGCUGCCUGACGGGAGACUGCAACGGGCAGCUCCGGUGCGAAUCCUACGGGUCCGCGCCCCACACCGUUGCCGAAUACGGGCUCAACUCAUUCGGGCAUAAGGACUACUACGACAUCUCUGUUCUCGAAGGGUUCAACGUGCCGAUGGAAUUCAGGCCCACCACAAACGGGUGCACCCGACCCAUCAGAUGCUCAGCGGAUAUCACCGGAGAGUGCCCCAACGAGCUGAAAACCCCCGGCGGGUGCCACAACCCCUGCACGGUGUACAAAACGACGCAGUACUGCUGCCACUCGGGGCCGUGCCGGCCGACGAAUUUGUCGAGAUUCUUCAAGCUGAGGUGCAGGGACGUGUUCACGUAUCCGGAGGAUGAUCCGACUAGCACUUUCACUUGCCCGCCGGGUACUAGUUACAGAGUCGUGUUCUGCCCUUAGAGCUGUUAUUUUAUCUCACUUAUUUUCAUAAUUUUGGACCGUAUUUGUAUAAUAAUAAGCUUUUGUACAUCACGUAUAUACGGUGAUGUGCGUUUGAUUUUUGCAAGAUAUUCAUCUUCUGUGUUAUUAAUUGGAUCUUUACAAUAGUUUACUUUAAAUGACUA